AGGAGGAGGGUCUCGGUUAGGAUUUGGGCCCUGCAGGGCUUACUGUCUGGCACGGCAAAGAGGACGACCCCCGACGGGCCAGGGAUUCCACACAGAGCACAUCUGGUGUGAGGGAGCUCACUCCCAAGGGCGAAGGCAUCGCCCUACUAGAUAGACAAUCAGGCCAUCAACAGGCCCAGCCCUCUAAACUCGGGGUUUGCAACACCCUCAAAGAACGGCAACUGGCCUUGAGCAGAAGUGAGAAGGAAACACCCCCUCAUCCCCUGAACCGUGGCGUGGGCUUUGCUAUCCACCAGGGCUUGCAGGUGUCCAGGCAGAGAGAGGAGGUGGCCCAGGCACCAGAUGUUAGGGUGCCAGGGCCUCCCCAGAAGGAACAGGUGCAAAGCGAGCAAUUAGCCCAGAAGGCAUCAGUGGGGCAGCGCCCAGAUCUGCUCGGGGAAGCCACCAGGAUUACGUCAUCCGCUGUAACGACCAUCCGAAAAGAAGAUUAUUUUUCAACCUGAACUUGAACUGGUGAAGAGGCAGGAAAAAGGAAAUGAAACCAGAGACAGAGGGAAGCUGAGCGAAAAUAGACCUUCCCGAGAGAGGAGGAAGCCCGGGGAGAGGCGCACGGUCCCCUCCCCGCCCCCCGGCCGCCGCCCCCUCUCCGCCCUCGGCGGCGAGCUGCGCGCCGCGACCCCGGCCGAAGGUGCGAGGGGCUCGGGCGGCCGGGCGGGCGCGCACCAUCUCCGUGGGCGGCGCGGAGCCGGCGACGGCGCGCGAUCGGAACCGGGCGGCGGCAGCGGCGGCGGUGGCGGCGGCGGGACCGGGAUGGAAGGGAGCGCGGUGACUGUCCUUGAGCGCGGAGGGGCGAGCUCGCCGCCGGAGCGCCGGAGCAAGCGGAGGCGCAGGAGCGGCGGCGGCGGCGGCGCCCGAGCACCCGAGGGGGUCCGAGCCCCGGCAGCCGGCCAGCCCCGCGCCACAAAGGGAGCGCCCCCGCCGCCCGGCACGCCGCCUCCCUCCCCAAUGUCCUCGGCCAUCGAAAGGAAGAGCCUGGACCCGUCUGAGGAACCAGUGGACGAGGUGCUGCAGAUCCCCCCAUCCCUGCUGACAUGCGGCGGCUGCCAGCAGAACAUUGGGGACCGCUACUUCCUGAAGGCCAUCGACCAGUACUGGCACGAGGACUGCCUCAGCUGUGACCUGUGUGGGUGCCGGCUGGGCGAGGUGGGGCGGCGCCUCUACUACAAGCUGGGCCGCAAGCUCUGCCGGAGAGACUAUCUGAGGCUUUUUGGUCAAGAUGGUCUCUGCGCAUCCUGUGACAAGCGGAUCCGUGCCUAUGAGAUGACGAUGCGGGUGAAGGACAAAGUGUAUCACUUGGAAUGUUUCAAAUGUGCCGCCUGUCAGAAGCAUUUCUGUGUGGGCGACAGAUACCUCCUCAUCAACUCCGACAUAGUGUGCGAACAGGACAUCUACGAGUGGACUAAGAUCAAUGGGAUGAUAUAGGCCAGUGAACCCCCGAACACGCUCCGAGUGUUCACUGAAGACACUGUCUCUAUGGGGUCUUCACUCGUAGGCACUUUGGGGGUUCGAGGGUGGGGUGAGGCAUUUUUUAGGUGAUGGUAGACCCUUACUGGGCACCAAGACAUAGCAUUCAAGUGACAUAAUGCACAGGCCAAGACUUCGAGGGGGCAAAACGACCAGUCCGUAGGGAGAACUUAGGGUCACAGCCUAUCCAUAGUAACUGACAUGAUUAGCAGAGGAAGGAACAUUUAGGGGCAAGCAGGCACUGUGCUUUCAUGACGGAAUUUCACAUCUGCAGAGAGGGAGUUGUAUAAAGACUUGUUAUGACUUUGACGCUCGCCAACUAGAGAUGUGCAAUUGAUUUCUUUUCUUCCUGGGUUCUGUAACAACCCUGUUCCAAUCACCGUCCUCCACACAAAGGAAGGACGGAGAGGAGAAUGCUCAUUCUUUUUUUCUUGGCCACCUUCCCAAGGCCCUUAAGCUUUGGACCCAAGAAAAUCUGCAUGGAGACACAUUUCAGUUGAGAAUGGAAACCACCACCUUUAACCAAACAAUUAUUUAAAGCAAUGCAGAUGAGUCUGUUCUGUUUUUAGACACCUUCAUUUUGAGGUGAGGAGUUCCACAGAUUGUUUCUAUACAAAUAUAAAUCUUAAAAAAAAAAGUUGUUCAACUAUUUUAUUAUCUUAGAUUAUAUCAAAGUAUCUGUUGUGUGUAGUAAAAAAAAACCCAGCUCUGCAGACUUAAUAAAAAUGACAGACU